AUGUACGAGCAGGCAGAGGCUGUCCGGCCUUCUUUCUCCGGCCCCGGCAGCGGCCACACCAGCGGGCCGCCCCAGCCCCGUCCCGUCCAUCAGGGUGGUUCACGCGGGCAUGUCCGCCAGGGCAACGGCGCUCCCGACAAGCAGCCAGAAGACGACGAUGCGUCUUCACACACGUACGAAGAAGCCGAGGCGGUGAGACGUCGCACAGCGAACACGUCAGCAGACCGCACGUAUCCGGGUGGAGCGAGCGGCCGCCGUGGUGUCUGUAGCUUCCUCCGCGCCCACCGCAGCUGCCUUGCCGCCGGCAUCGCCGUGCUGCUGAGCCUUGUCUCUGUGGGACUCGCCCCUCUGACGUUCAUCAACAAACAGGAAAUAUCUCAGUUGUCGACGACUUUUGACGCCGUGAAAUGCGACCAAUACAACAUGUCCACCGCUGUUGACGCCUUGAAGCGCGACCAAGACGGCAUGUCCACCGCUGUUGACGCCUUGAAACGCGACCAAGACGGCAUGUCAACCACUGUUGACGCCUUGAAACGCGACCAAAACGGCAUGUCCACCACUGUUGACGCCUUGAAGCGCGACCAAGACGGCAUGUCCACCACUGUUGACGCCUUAAAACGCGACCUAGACAACGAACGCAGCCGAAUCACCGCCUUGGAAAAGCGUUUUCACGAAAUUGGUAAGAAUUUAGGUAAAUUGGUUUUCAGCUGUUAUAUUGGCCUUUUAUGUCGGUCUAUAUAUUUGCCACUAUCAUCAUUUUAA